GAGGGGUUAGCCUUGGCUCAGGUUGUGCUGUUGCAUUUUGAUUUGGUUCUGCAUAUUUUCAUUAAAUGGGAUGUUUCUCAUUCAAGCUAUGUUAUUUAUUGAUGUAGUUUUCUAUAUGCCCUGAUUGAUGUGUGGUGUAUUUUGAAAAGUGUAGGACAUUGGUUGUUGCAAGGUUGCCUGUUGGAACGUUGUGAUGUGUGCAGACCGUGAAGACGUUGGCACAGAAGAGCUUGAUGGAGCAGAGGACGGCCACCUUCCACCACUGGAACGGCGCGUGCCUGUCCGCGGCACGCUGCCACAGUACGACACUCUGUCGGCCAGCUCCCUUCAUAUGACUACCACUGACACGGACUCCAUGUUGUCAGGCGGCUUCAACCGCGGUCCCUUCUUCGCUUCGCCGGGAAAGGCCCUCCACGGAGAGUUUGUAUUUCCCAUCCAAGGUUACGAAGUGAUGGAGGCACGAUCUAAGUUCACCAUCUUUAAGAUGAAGGUGCAGCAUGUGGCAUCACAACAACAAUGGUUUGUGUUUCGACGCUACACAGACUUCGCGCGGCUCAACAAGAAGUUGCGACUAUCGUUUCCUGGUUUGCGCCUCGCGCUACCGCCCAAGCGCUGGUUCGGCGACAACUUUGAUCCGUGUUUUUUGGAGGACCGUAUGCUUGGGUUACAAGCAUUCGUCACUAACAUCACCAGUCAUCCAGACAUAUCGCGGCACGAGGCGGUGCGCCAGUUCUUCUGUCUGGACGAGCCGCCGGACCCGCGCGACUCCCUCGAGGAGAGCCGUCUGCUUUGCGAGUCACUCGAGGAGACAGCCGGCUCGCAGGAGCUGCUGCUGAAACAGCGGGACCUGGAGAUCGCCAGACUGCGUGCCCAGCUGGCCAUGGUACGACAGCAAUACGAUGUUCUCGUGGCUCGUCUGAGGAGUGGGCGGCGACCGGGGUCGGCGGGGUCCGCCCGCCGUCGGCUGGGGCCGCUGUUGGGAGUUGACGGCACCCAGUCUGCCAGUCAGACGGACCUCCCUGGCAGCGACUCCGACGGACGGGAGCCACCUCUGGCACCGCUUCCUCCUUCAUGCGAGCGGCAGUGACAAAAUAGCAGUGGUAACAAGUGGUGGGCUUGUGGGCUCUGAUCUGAAGGUCUAUCUCAUAAGCUGUGGGUCACCGUCCUGGAUAGCUUACCCUCUUGGCUGUGUAUUGGGGCCUGUGUGAACACUAGACAGCUUUAUACGAGCACUUGAGUUUUCGGUUUCGCUAUGCUUAUUGGAGUUAUUUCAUUUUACGCUUUUGAUGGUUUUCGGGAUUUGUGCAUUUCUGACAAUUAUUUACCACAAGUUCGUGCUGUAAGUUAUUUCCAUCAGCAAGGAAGACAUUGCUCUAGCCGCGAGUCCAAGUUUAUCACGUUAUCAAUCUUGAUAAGGCGCCUAGAACAAGACAUUGUUGAAUAACUCGCUCUUUAAAAUCUUGACUAUAUUUGAUAAGGUAGAUAGGUAUCUGAUGUCAUAUGUUAUUGCUUGUAAAAUAUCUAUGAGCGAUAGGCUCAUGAGAGGCGUAGGUAUCAUUAUACACAACCGUACCCCAACCUCGAACUGCUUCGGUUGUUUUCAAUAGAAAACGCAAUCCUAACGAAUAGUGUUAUCUAUUUCAAACAACUUGCGGUUAUGUUUAUACUGUAUGGGAUAUUGCAACUAAAUGUACUACAAGUCUUCCAUUAUUUAACAAGAUAGAAAUGCAUUCGACCAAGAGUAAAUAGUUUGUGUGCUUGAACGAUUAUUCUGUGGGAAUAAAACACACAUUGGAGAAUUUAUUUUCUGUUGGAGC